UAAGGAAAUGGCACCAGCAGGUGCCCUUUCAAAAUGGAAGAUGUGUUAAAUUCUGUGAAAUCGUUGUCAGUAGCAGAAUUAAGAGAACAGUUAAUUGAUAGGGGACACAAAAUUGGGCCAGUUACUUCAACUACAAAGUCUUUAUUUCAGAGAAAACUAGCUAAUUUGAUUUAUAAAGACAAGUAUGGUGAUGUUUCCGGAAAUGAAGUUCAAAUUGAAAGUAAAAGUUCAGAAACCACAAGUCGACCACCCGAGAAAUCGUGUACUGUGGUGUGUGAAGAGAUGCCAUCAGUGUAUUAUGGUAUUUCGCUGGCAGACGGAGAUGCAGCAAAGUUACCUCACUUGACAGAUGAUAAGCUCAUCUUCACAGACAAGAUAGCAGCAUUUGCAGUCGCCAAGGAGCAUCCUGGGUCUCGAUUCAAGGCAUUCAAAACAUUUGAUGAGGCGAGCAAUUUUGUGAAGAAAUCGAAACAGGAUAGUUGCAGCAAGCCAUUGCCCACACAAACUAAUGGCAAUGAUGGUGCGGAGAGCAGCAAGAGUAGUGUGGUGGUGGAACGGAGUGUGUACAAGGCUCCGAAGAUGAGGGAUCUCGUGGUUCUGCGUACCAUAAUAGAGAGUGGUGAUGAGCAUCAGUUUACAUCACUGGUGUGGAGUAACCCACGCUACCUGGUCAGCAGUGGGGACACACCCGUUAUUCUUCAUGAAGGUCAGCGCUACAAUGCUCUUCACACGGCUUCUAAAGCGAACCAGGCGAAUAUGUGCCGACGUAUUCUGGAGACCAUUCUGGACCCUGAGUUCACAAAACAGCUGUACGAGGGCAGUAGUGACAGUGAAGAGACGCAGGCGAGACGAGUACAGUUCCUAGCAGACCUCUAUCUCAACAUGCCUGACAGAGGGAAUGGAGAGUCACCCCUUCAUUUUGCCAGCAAGUUUGGAUUCCCAGAUGUUGUAGAAGUGUUGGUGGGGUAUUCUAGCACUGAUCGCAAUAUGAGGAAUAGAUAUGGAGAGACGCCACAAGAUAUGAUAUGCAGUAGAUGCCAGUCUCCAUUGAAAAAUGUGCAGGACAGAAUAAUGGAGUUACUGCAAGGUUUGUGCUAUGUUCCACUGUUGAGGUCAACAGACAACACAUCAGCACCAUUGAUUGGUCAGCCAUGGUCACCUGAUCAGUCCAUCAGUCCAGUGAUGCACCUUGGGAAAAGUCCCAUUGAUCCCCAGUUGACUGUUCGUGCUCGGGCUGGUCCCAUGUCACCUUCUAAGGCACAUCUGUUUUACCGCCAGUGGAGCUCGCCUCGCUCUCACUCUCCAGUGGGGGACAGGAAGACUGUAGCCAGCAUCAAGAGAGAGGAUGGAGACAAGGGGCUGGAGAGAAUAGGAAGACAGCUUGCCCACGAGAUGCGCAUCCCAUGGUUGGAGUACUGGGAGUUCCUGGAUGCGUUUGUCGACCUGGGUGCAGAGAGCGGAGUCACUGAGCUGGAGAAACACUUCAAGAAACAGCAGUCCGCUCUGACGUUCACACAGUGUCUCCAGAACAUCCACCCCGAGGACAUCCUUCAGAGCUCGUCCGUCUCUCAUCACCAUGGCGACCUUGGCUCCAGCUUUGUCAGACGACACAACAAAUCUCUUAUUCAGGCCAGUUCUCUUUCUGCUUCUGGCGGAGUCCGGUUACAAGGAUCUGCUGUUGAAUCCCACUCGGGUUGUUCUAACGGUGAUAACCACAAGAACCAGAGCUACGGUCUGUGUGGCAGUGGUGAUAGUGAUCAGAAAAAAGUGGCAAUGGGUGACAGUACAGUGAAAAAUGGGUUGGGUCAUCCUCAGCCUGAUGGUUCGGGGUCUUUUGGUAACCUGACGAGUACUCCGAAACUGAAUACCUGGUCGUACAGACAGCAGCAUCCGAGCGGCGAGCCAGAGUCGCCGGAAACCAAGUCAGCGUGCGUCAACUGUGAUGAUGCAUCUGCAGGAGAAGAAGACUCUGUUAUGUCUGGCCAGACGGUCACACACAUUAGAGCUUCGCUGUUCCAUACUCCUGACUCAAUCACUCCAGGUCCUCAGACAGACACACCCACUUCACAUCAGAACUCAAACUCAGUUACUGCACAUUCAGGCACACGCAUAAUCACUUCACAUCCUGGUGAUGGAGAAGAAGAAUCAGCUCUGAGACCUUCAGGACAAGUGGAACAAAACUGUAACCAAUCUCUUUCGACUGAUGAAGCUGGACUCUUUAGUCAGAGGAGGGAGGAAAGCAAUACUCCUAAUACUUGGGCCUAUCGACGUCAGUCAUCUGAAACGGAACAAACUUCACCCACAGCAGCUGCUGAUGUGCGAAAUUCUGAAGAGGAUGUGGAGUUGUCAUCAUCAAAGAGUAACAAUGAUGAAAACAUCAUUCUCGUGUCUCUCUCCAAGUUGAAACUCUCCAAUGGUGAAGAGGAUCCAGCGACAUUGUCAACAAAUACCAAUGCUGACGAAUCUAGUGUGUUUUCCAGUCCGAAAACACCAGAACUCUCUUUUAACACAAAUCUUAGUAAUCUGUGCAACGACUUUGAGACGAAGUUAAUGUUUACACCUGAAAAUACUAAAUUGUUUUCUACAUCCCCUACUACAAUGCCAUAUGGGCAAAUAACUCUGAAUUUAGGUAAAUCUCACCACGCAGCUGAAACAUUCCGACGAAUUUCGGAUCUGAAAGUAAUGGAAGAGGAAGACGAUUCGCUGUCCCUUAAUGCACCUGUGAUUGUCCUCAUCAAGAGGGGUGUUCCCCCUGCUAGCUGUGAUUCCGAGAAGCAUGAAAUUGUGGUUGACGUUUGGGUCUCAAAGGAUGAGGACCUGAAGACUUCGGUGAACAAUGUAUUUCCUGACAUCGUGGUGUCCCUCCAGAGUCAGGAAUUUGCAGACAGGCUGCUGGGUCUGGAAUCUCCUCGGCUGGUCACUGUGGACGUUACUUGUGAGGAGAAGUACAAUCUGAGACAGCACACGGUACCGGUCCAGGCACUGUUCCUCAAAACUGAUCUUGAAUCAAACUUCAAUAUUCAUAUCCUGGGGCUGAGGCACUCAAAGACUGACUUGGAUGUGUAUCGAGCUAUCAAAGAUACACCUAUAGACGCCAGCAAAUUUCCAUUGACACAUCGGUGGAUGGAACGCAUGAUGAUGCUGUCAGCAGAUACGAAACAAAGCUGGCCAAGUCCAUCACGACUGCGCUCUGAAGCAAGACUCUCGAAGAACACUUCGUGUCUGAGUCCUCUGGUUACAGGUAGCUCCUCGUUCAGGUCAAAAAGACUGGCGUUUUCACCUCUCAGUGUGGAUGGAGAUCCCAGGACAGUCCUGUUCCCAGUGUCGCCCAAAUUAGCCGCACAUGACAGUUAGGUCAUAGUCGGUUUUAAAGUUUUCAUUAAAUUACUUAUCAAUAUCAAAA